GCGCAGGCUGACUCCUGCCUCGUGCCUCUGCAGUGACUAAAGUCCGAGCAAAGUUCAGAAGUGCAGGAAGGCGGACGGGGCGCGCGGGGGGCUCUCGGUUCAGUCUUGCGUAACGGCGGCUGCGUGCAUGGAUCUGGAGCUGGGCUCCGUCUGAAUCUGCAGCAUGCGUCGCUGGUGUUCCGGAGGUUCGCGCGGCGCUCGGUGGCGAUGGCCGGUUGUUUGGGGGUGUUUGGUGGUGAUCUGGGCGGCACCGGUGCUUCUGCACCCCCAGUGCCUGGACUUCAAGCCCCCCUUCCAGCCCCAGCAGGAGCUCCAGUUCUGCGUUAUGUACAAGCGCUUCGGCUGCUGCGAUUACGCCCGGGAUCAAGAGCUGAUGAGCAGGUUCUACAAGAUCAUGGAUAACUUCGACUAUUACGGCUAUGCUAACUGCGCAGGGUACGUGCAGGACCUCAUCUGCCAGGAAUGCUCUCCCUAUGCUGCCCACCUUUUUGAUGCUGAAGACCCCAGCACAGACCUGAGGUCCAUUCCUGGCCUGUGUCCAGAUUACUGCUCCCAGUUCUAUUCCAAGUGCAGGUCCACCAUCCCCCUGCUGUCCGACGACCCGCAGCUGCUGGAGCUCCAGCACGACCAGAGCCGACUCUGCCAGCGACUGGGACUGGACGACCUGGACUACUGCUACCCUCAUCUGCUGAGCAACGAGCAGCUGACCAAGAACCUGGGCCGGGUGACUUCUGACUCCGAGGGCUGCCUGCAGCUGUGUCUGGAGGAGGUCGCUAAUGGCCUCAGGAACCCUCUGGCUAUGGUGCACGCCAACGACGGCACCCACAGGUUCUUCGUGGCGGAGCAGAUUGGCCUGGUUUGGGUGUACCUUCCAGACAGGUCCAAGCUGGAGACACCAUUUCUGAACAUCACUAAGGCCGUGCUGACCUCGCCUUGGGAGGGGGACGAGCGGGGCUUCCUGGGACUCACUUUCCAUCCCAAUUUUAAGUACAAUGGGAAGCUGUAUGUCUACUAUUCUGUAGAGGUGGGCUUUGACGAGAGAAUCCGUAUUAGUGAGUUCCGUAUCUCUGCUGCAGACAUGAACGUGGUGGAUCAUAGUUCAGAAAGAAUCAUAUUAGAGAUUGAUGAACCAGCUUCUAAUCAUAACGGAGGACAGCUACUGUUUGCUGAGGACGGGUAUCUGUACAUCUUUACUGGGGACGGAGGCAUGGCUGGAGACCCUUUCGGAAAAUUUGGAAAUGCACAGAACAAGUCUGCUCUCCUGGGUAAGGUCCUUCGUAUAGACGUGGAUGAUAAUGAAAGGGGUCCUCUGUACAGAAUCCCUCCCGACAACCCAUUUGUGCAUGAACGGGAUGCUCGUCCGGAGGUGUUCGCCUACGGGGUGCGGAACAUGUGGAGGUGCUCUGUGGACAGAGGGGACCCAUACACCCAGGAGGGGAAGGGACGCAUCUUCUGCGGGGACGUGGGCCAGAAUAAAUAUGAGGAGAUCGAUAUCGUGGAGAAAGGCAGGAACUAUGGCUGGAGAGCAAAAGAAGGAUUCUCUUGUUACGACAAGAAGCUCUGCGCCAACAGCUCUUUAGAUGAUGUUCUUCCGAUUUAUGCAUAUCCUCAUAAAAUGGGGAAGUCUGUAACAGGAGGAUAUGUCUAUCGAGGCUGUGAAUACCCCAAUUUAAAUGGAAUGUACAUAUUUGGGGACUUUAUGAGCGGACGUAUGAUGAGCCUGAAGGAGAACAGGAACACCCAGCAGUGGGACUACAAUGAGAUCUGCAUGGGCAUGGGCCAGACCUGUGCAUUUCCAGGCCUCAUCAAUAAUUACUACCAGUAUAUCAUUUCUUUUGCAGAAGACGAAGCAGGUGAACUCUAUUUCAUGUCCACUGGAGUCCCAAGCGCAACGUCGGCCACUGGAGUUGUGUAUAAAAUUGUUGAUCCCUCUCGACGUGCUGCACCUAGAAAAUGCCAUUAUGACCCCAUUCCAGUUCGAGUCAAGGGCAACACCAUACCAUUCCAGCCUAAAGAAACAUUAAUAGGGUUUGACAUGCCAACGAAACGACCUGUAGUUGAAGUUCAGCCAACAGAAAUCCCACAAAUCACCACAAAAGACUGGCUUCAGGAGCUGCUGGACAUUCUGAGGGAGCAGGAUGAGGAGCUGGGCAGGACUACGCAAUCGCCAACCACGACAACCACCAAAUCUCCGAGACAGUCCCGCCAGCGCAAAGGCAGGCGCAGGAAAGGCAAGCACAAGUCUGAGGGUGGCACACACAGCGUGGCUGUGAGACUGGCAGGAGACGAAUACGGCCGGCAGGACCGCGGGAGAGUGGAAAUCUACGCCAACGGGGAGUGGGGCACCGUCUGCGACGAUCUCUGGAACACCAAGAACGCGGCUGUGGUCUGCAGACAGCUGGGCUUCCGCUAUGCGCUAAAGGCCGCAAAACACGCAGAGUUUGGUGAAGGAAAGCAUCUGAAGAUCAUUCUGGAUGACGUGCAGUGUGAGGGUACCGAGGAGACCCUCCUGGACUGCCAGCAUGCAGGUGUGGGCACUCACAACUGUGCCCAUUAUGAGGACGCUGGAGUGAUAUGCAGCGAUUCAGAUGUCGUGGAGCAGUAGCGAAUGGCCUUUGUGCAAAAAAAAAAGAAGCAAAAAGCUGGAGAAAGAACAUUAACCACAAACGUAGCACAUAGGUCUACCUCAUUCAUCGAAUUAAAAGCAAAUUUUAGUGAAUAACCUUUAAUGGAGGUGUUAAUUGUGCCAGAUGAUGGUCUUGCGAUGCACCAUUGCUAUGGAAAUAUUUUUUUUUGUGCCAGUAGGAUUUGUAUUUUAGUUUUACAAAUCUGAAUUAUUUCCUUAAAGGUGACAUUUUAUACCUCUUUUUACACAGGUGAGAAAAGUUCUUUGCACAAAAUCUCUAUUCACAUUGAGCCAUUUAAGGGCUCUGUCACUUUUAUGCAAAACACAAACAAGUUAGUUCAUUUUUAACUGCGAAAAAAAACACAAAACAUAUUAUUCGAAAAAUGACUUACAUCUCUCUCAUCUGCUGACUUGCCAUGAACACUAGGUACAGAUCCCUCCUUCAGACGAAGCACAGUACUCAACCAGCAGACUGAAACAAUGGGUGGAGCAAGGGUGGUUCUAUGCACAUUUCCUUAUUAGUGUGUGUCAUCCACACAGCUCAUAGAAGCACAUUAUUCCUAAAACUGAGAUGAUUAAAUAGGUGCUUUUGCUAAAUACCCAGAUGUGUUUCUGAAUCUGAAUUUGAUUAACUGGAUUUGAAACAUGUUUUGCAGUGCCUUUUCUUGAUAUUUCUUAGGUUAGAUUACUCUGAAACUGUCUCACAUACAUUUGAGUAUCAGCACUUCCUUCAAAUAAAAUUACGUUUUUAUUUUAGAAAACAUAAUAAACAUUAACAGUUAUUUUGGCUAUUUAAAAAUGAGCAGUAGUUUAAGAGGUAUGUUAAUCAUACAGUCAAGCAAUAGAUCCAACCAGAAAUUUUAAUCCCAAUUUUAAAAAAAUUAAAUAUUGAUUAAAAAGACAAAAAACAGUUAAUAUUUUUAAUAUUUUAAUAGCUACAAAUUAUAAAGCAGUUCAAUCUAGCUUUAUGAACUUAGUUAUUUUUCUAAAAUACAGAAACUCUAUAAAACUCAAUAAUAAGACUAAACAACUAUGGAAUAUUUAUAGUAAACGUUUAUUAUACAAAGGUCUUGAUCACUUACCGAUUGAGGACAAGCCCUGAAUGGUGGAGGUUAGAUUAGUGUAGGUAGCUCCAUCUUGAAAGCUGUUAAAAUAAAAAAGUCACAUUUUAUUUUGAUUAAGCAUAAUAAAUAAGAUAAAUUGACACUCUUGAUAUAGGCCAUUAUCCUAAAUGGUAGAAAGAAAUGAUUUGAUCAGCUGAGAGUGUAGCUGAUUUUACCAUGCAGCAUAAUGAGGAGAUAAUUUAGACAAAAAAUAAUCAUUUUGACAAAAAAUGACUUAGGUAACUAUUCUAGGAUGGUGACUUUAUAAAGAGUUCAUACACGUUUUAACCAAUCAAUUUUUCAUGAUUGUCCAUGCCUUCAAUGCAAAUUUUGACAUGGACUAUAAAAAAUCAACUAGAACUUUAAUUAAAAUUGAUACGAAUCUGAUAAAAAAUGUUGACACACAAUCUUUAAUACUAAAAUGUGUGUCAGAUCCUGAGAGCUCCAGUGUGUAGGGCUAAAUUACUAUAUUAACUCUGAGCUGACUUUUUUUAAAAUAUCAAAAUAGAUUUCCUCCAUUGAUAAACUCAAACACAAAGAGCAAAUUUCUAUGACUUUUCCAAAACUUUUUGGGUAUUUUUAUUUUUCCAAAACUUAUCCAGGCCUGGAAAUUGCUAUUUUCAAAUUCCAUGACUUUUCCAGGUUUUUCAUGACCGUACGAACCCUGUUUAUAUUGCUAUGGUAUUAAAUACACAUUCAAAAUGUGCAGUGCACAUUCAGAUAAAAAACAAACAAUUAAAAUGUAUAAAAUUAUACUCCUGCUGGCACAAAAUCAUUCCAUACCUUGCAGCUUUUUAUGUAUUAAAGUCCAUAAAACUAUGUGAAUACGUAGGUCUUAUUUUGUACUUCUGAAUAAAUAAUUCUGUGAAUUCCCA